AUUCUCACAUGCGCCGCUAGGUGGAGCUGGUUCCGUCAUCACUGUGUGACGAGCGGUCCCAGAAAGAGUGUCAUUAUCCCGCGCCGGCUGCAGUACUGUACAGUACGGACUGAUCUGAGGUAACGGCGCCCCGGUCACGGACACUGGGAUUAAGGGAGAGGCUGAAUCAUGACCACCGGAGCAGAUGUUCGGGAUAUUCUGGAGUUGGGGGGUGGGGAAUCAGAGAGUACUGGGAUUAUCAGCAAAAAGGACAUUAUAAAUGCAGACAAGAAAAAGUCCAAGAAAUCAUCUGAGACCCUCACUUUCAAGAGGCCGGAGGGGAUGCACCGGGAGGUGUAUGCGCUCCUCUACUCUGACAAAAACAGGGACGCUCCCCCAUUACUGCCCAGCGACACCACACAUGGUUACCGCACGGUAAAGGCAAAGCUGGGCUGCAAGAAAGUACGACCGUGGAAGUGGAUGCCAUUUACUAAUCCAGCAAGAAAGGACGGCGCUAUUUUCUACCACUGGAGACGGGCAUCAGAGGAGGGCAAAGACUACCCCUUUGCAAGAUUUAACAAAACCGUGCAGGUCCCGGCGUACUCCGAGCAGGAAUACCAGAUGUAUCUGCAUGAUGACGGCUGGACGAAGGCUGAGACAGACCAUCUCUUUGACCUCUGUCGUCGAUUUGAUCUUCGCUUCAUUGUCAUUCAUGAUCGCUACGACCACCAACAGUUCAAGAAAAGGUCAGCUGAGGAUUUGAAAGACCGUUAUUACGGUAUCUGCGCCAAGUUAGGAAACGUUCGCGCCACUCCCGGCACAGACCCGAAGAUCCCGGUGUUUGAUGCGGUUCAUGAGCGGAGGAGGAAGGAGCAGCUGGAGAGGCUGUAUAGCAGGACCCCAGAGCAGGUGUCAGAGGAGGAAUAUCUCAUACAAGAGUUGCGUAAAAUUGAGAGCAGAAAGAAAGAGCGAGAAAAGAAAGCUCAGGACCUACAGAAACUCAUCACUGCAGCCGACACCACAACCGAGCUGCGGCGCGCCGAGAGGAAGGCCACUAAGAAGAAAUUGCCGCAAAAGAAGGAAACAGAAAAACCAGCUGUACCAGAAACUGCUGGCAUCAGGUUCCCAGAUUUUAAAUCGGCAGGCGUGACGCUGCGCAGCCAGAGGAUGAAACUCCCCGGCUCAGUUGGACAGAAGAAGAUUAAAGCCCUGGAUCAGAUGCUAUCGGAACUCGGAGUAGAUUUGAACCCAAUGCCAACAGAGGAUAUCGUGCAGAUGUUCAACGAGUUGCGCAGUGAUCUGGUGCUGCUGUAUGAACUGAAGCAGGCCUACUCCAACUGCGAGUAUGAGCUACAGAUGCUGCGCCAUCGCUUUGAAGCCUUGUCCAAAACUGGAAUUACCAGUGUGGCUUUGCCGGUGGAAGUAUCAAGCACGGAUAUUCAGACCGCUAUCGGCACAGAGGAGAUCAAGCUGGAAGUGAAAGAUCCGAUCAUUGAUGUUGUAGGAGCUCCUCUGACCCCCAACUCGCGAAAGCGCAGGGAAUCUGCCUCCAGCUGUUCGUCCGUGAAGAAGAUGAAGAAGCCUUGAGGUCCUUGGCACGGCGGCCAGCGAGAAACAUUGGGUCCGCUCCAGUGUCUGGUGGGUGAAGGCCAGGGGGAGCCGCUGACAUUCUGCAUUCACCAUGUUUUUAGUUAGAUCUAUAUUUUAUGUUUGUGAUUAGGACUUCAGAUACCACCAAGUGACAGGUUAUUUCUGCUGUACGGAAUGGUGUAGGGGCUGGUUCCUGUACCCGCACUAAAGGAUGUUCCACAAUGUUUGCGGCACAUAACUCCUAUGUGAUAAGGGGAAGGGUAGGUACAGAAAUUCACUCAAAUAAUAAAACUAUCAAUCGAGUAUCACCUAGCUUACAGAAAAUACAAAGUGACCUUCAUUUAUCUCUUCAUCUUGAUUGCCCUAAAACUCUGCCUGUUUUGUCAGUUCUGGGCCCCACAAUUUUUUGUGGCAGCCCUGGGAGGAAAAUCCUGUUGAGGUAUCGCAAGUGUCUCUUCUCCCCUCACACAAAUCUUGCUUCAGCUGCUGAACUCUUGAUGCAAUUAACAGUAUUUGUGUGAGGCGCAUUUAUACCUACACAUUUUUAUUUAUUUAUUUUUGUUUAUGAAAUGUUUUUUUUUUUUUUUUUUAAUAUUCUUAAUAAAGUGCGGUUACUCCCAUCACUGGGAUCCACGUUCAUAUCGAAAGUGGUCUCUAAAAUGAACUAUCAAUAUUUGUUGUUUGCAGUCACUGUGUUGUGAAUGUACUGCUUCCCCCAGCCACCCUGAAGUUCCUGACAUCACUGUGGCUGACGCUAGAGUCUCCAUUGUUUGCGGUUAAGUGGUGAAUCAAAAACAUGCACUUUACAUCAUCUGUGCAUAAAACAGCUGUGUGCUAUUGUUCAGCGAUACAGCUUCAAUGAAGUACCAGAAAUCUCCGUGUAAUGCCUGUGCCAGCCUUUGCUGCAAACAAAACAAUAACAAAGCUACUUAAGACACUGUAUCUCUGUGCUAUCUUGCAUCACUAGAGCAGUGCACAAAGGGUUAAUUUGCAGUCUCAUAGGUAACAGAAAGCUCUUAUUUGGUGCAUUCAUGCACAGUAAUGGCGCAGCAAGUGUUUUGUGUUUCCCUCAGCUCACUCGCCAAGUUGUAUGUGAUGUGUCCUUUGCUGUUUACAUGAAGCACUAGCAGCCCUAAAAUACAUGUAAUCUCCUGUAAAAGAGCUGAUAUUAUCAUUUACAAUUGUAAAUGGUAAAACUGUAAAAGCUGCUUAUAUUUCAGAUAAUGGCUGCUUUUUACAGUUAUGAUUUUUUUUCGCUGGGGGGUGGGAGGGGGAUUUUUCCGUAUACGCAACUGUAUCCUUUCAAUAAUCUUGUUGGAGGACACAGCACCCACCCUCACUGUACCUGGUAUGGCUGAUAAACCAACAUAAAUCUACAGUGACAUGCACUGUAUGUAGAUCUAUCAAACUAUGGAGCCCAUUUAUUAAAUGAGUUUUAGCUAUUUAAAACGCAUUGCGUAUGAUAAGUGGUGCUCCAGCCAAUCAGCUCCCAACUAUCAUUUUUUCAAACACGUGACAGGAGCUGAUUGGCCGGAACACAAUUUAUCAUAUGCAAAGAGAUUUAAAUAGCUAAAACUCGUUGAUAAAUGGAGCUCUAAAAGUUCUGUUAAACCUAUAGGAGUUGUGUUCAAAGUUUACCUUGUAUGAAGCUUUAUUACGCGGAGGUGCAGCAGAUGAUAAGUGACACUUCAGUCAGCAUGAAGUCAUCAUCAUUAUAUGUAUUGAUGGAAUGAACUCUGGACCUACUAAGUUUGUACUGAAGUCUAAUAUUAAAAUAAGAGUCUAUCUCUGCAACUCUCCAAAGUCAUCGUGUGUACCCAGACGACGCAGCGGCCAGUGUUACGAUACAUCGGCCAUCGAAUACACAUUGAAUGACGGAAAGAUCCGUCGUUCCGUCCUUCAUUACUAUGCAUGGCACCAUAAACAACAUCAUUAGAUUGAGCAGCAGGUACGGGCAAUCUGCAACUGGCUGCGAUCGCAUGCUGGGGGCCGCCCAGCAUGCAACUACCUGGCAGUGAUGCGAUCGCAAUGCAAUUGCAAGCACAUCGCUGAUUUGUGGUUGCCCCCCUGCCUCCGCAGCCAGGCUGCAAAGUCAGGCGCAGGGCAGCCAUUUUUCGGGUUGCAUGGUGUUUGUAGCGGGGGCAGGUUCAGGGCGGCCGCAUGAUGUCACACGUGGCCGCCCUGAACCCGCCCCCAACACCAUGCCCGCCGAACGCAGCAUCACCGCCACUGCAAUGCCACGUCGCCAACAUGUUCCUCCUCCGAGUACUACUCUGUCUGUCAAUCAGGUGGGUUCUGCGCAUGUGCACCACGGGUGCAGACAGGGAGAUGUGAUCGCAUCUCAAUUCCGUUUGAUGCUGAAUACCCCCCAUAGUGCAUACACACUGGACGAUUUGUCAUUUCGAUCCAUAGGAAAUCUGCAAAUUGUUCAAGAUAUCAUCUAGUGUGUACCCAGCUUAAGACCCAUACAUGUUGUUACGUUGUGAGAGUGUUAUGGUGUCCUAUGACUCAGUGGACUCUGUGUUCCCAUUCUUUAGCUCUUUCACAAUCCUAUGAUCCAUCUCUUGCAUAUAUCCUGCUGCCUUAAUCAAAAGCAGAAAUAAUAUCAAAAUUAAGUAUUCUAAAGCAAGAUGGCGGUUGAUCAUCAUCUGUUCUGUAUUAAAACAGUGGUUCUCAAACUCGGUCCUCAAGGACCUCCAGCACUUCAUGUUUUCUAGGUCUCCUCACAGAAUCAGAAGUGAAAUAAUUAGCUCCACCUGUGGAUCUUUUUAAAUGUGUCAGUGAGUAAUGAGUGUACAGACCUGGAAAACAUGAAGUGUUGGGGGUCCUUGAGAACCGAGUUUGGGAACCACUGUAUUAUCAGUUUGUACAUCCUUUCAGAAAAAGACUGAUAAGUGGGUUUUAUUUCAGUUCAGUUGCAAUUUGUGACCGCCAUAUUCUGCAAUUAUACCGUGUUUUUGCUGCCAACACCUGUGAAUAAAGAAUAAUAAAAAUUAAAAAAAUGAAUCCGU